AAUUAAUCUCAACAAGUGUAUUGAUUUGAUUCGUCUGAUUCUAGUUUUGGUAAGAAAUAUUUAUGGCCUAGCUAGCUACCCUUAAACCCUCAAAUCUGCUCAGGUAACAAACUCUCUCCUUCAUCUCUCUCAAAUAAUUGUUCACCAUGUCAAACUCACUCCCUUCCCUAACCCCAAGCUCCAACAAUGUGGACGAGCUGCCAAAAGCGCGUUUCUGGGAAGCCAUGGACAUCUGCCAGUGGGAAGGCUUCUGGUUCGAGCCCGGCCUGGUGAAGCCCGCCAUCACCUUCAGGUCAACCUUCCAGGCCAGAGACGACGACCUUCUCCUCGCAUCAACACCCAAAACCGGCACCACAUGGCUCAAAGCCCUCUCCCUCUGCAUCAUGCAGCAAAACCAAGAACACGACAUCUUAACCAUGGAGAACCCUCAUUUCCACGUCCCCACCAUUGAAAGCACAAUUUAUUCAACCAAGCCCCAGAAAGCUGACCUCUACGACGCAUCGGCUCCUCGUCUGCUCCACACGCAUCUGCCACACGCAGUUCUACCAGAUUCCAUCAAGAAUUCAGCCUGCAAAAUCGUGUACAUUGCCAGGAACCCUAAGGAUACCCUAAUCUCAAUGUGGCAUUUCUUCAACUCAAUUAUCAGGCCGAAUCAAGAACCGUUUCCACUAGAAAAGGCCGUGGAUUGCUUUUGCACUGGAGUCUAUCAAUACGGGCCUUUCUUCGAACAUGUGGUGGAGUACUGGCAGGAGAGCCAGAAAAGGCCUGAGAAAAUACUGUUUCUCAAAUAUGAGGACCUGAAAACCGACCCAAAGGCCCAGAUCUCAAAGAUGGGUGAAUUCUUGGGGAGGCCAUUUGGGAGUGAAGCAGAGGUUGAGGAGGUUGUUGAGAGGUGCUGUUUGGAGAGGCUGAAGAAUUUGGAGGUGAAUAGGAAUGGAUCCGUUUUGUCCAAUGUGCCAAACAGUAGUUUUUUCAGGAAAGGUGAGGUUGGGGAUUGGAAGAACUAUUUGAGUCCUGAAAUGGAAGACAGGAUCAACCAAACAAGCCGUCUCAAGCUUGAGCCGUUUGGUUUGGCCUCUUUCUUUAGUUAAUGUAUGUGGGCUAAUAAGGUUGUAUCUUUUUUUAUGUUGAUCAAAAGAGCUUAAUUUGGCAAUUGUGACAAGUCAUAUGUGAGGGCUUAUGCAAAAUUUAAUUUUAGGGGCAUUGCGGGUUUAGUCAAGUUGAAGAUAAUUACAUGAUUUGUGUAUUAGACUCCUUAUCGUUCAAAUUUUUAUAAGCAGUAGUGACAAAUGUAAAUGUAUGCUCACCCUCCUCCUUUUCCUUUCUACCAAAUGCUUUUUUACACCCUUCACAUGGGCAGUUGAUGGAGCAGUCAACACCACCCUUCAAGAAGAGGCUCAAGUUCCCAACAUAAACAUAAAGCAUAUCCCAACACAAAUAGGAAAACAAACCUCAUUGCAUUCACGAUACCAUAUAUAUGGUGGUGGAAUCCGCAUACAAAAUGUUUUGUCUGGAAAGACUGUUAAUUCAAAACUCAUUUAUUUUCCCCAAAGGAAUAAAGAUUACAAGAAGAUGAUUACAACCUCGUAAUGACACCAACAUUCCCACUCACCGCAUACACUAAAACCCCCCAAAUCACCCUCGACCAACAAAUUUUAAAAACCCCAACACACAUACACACACACAACACCAACACAACGAAUAAUCCCCCCACGAAUGAAUUUGCAAUGCAGAUACAUACAACACAAUUAUACAUACACAGACGGUCAUCUC